CAUCGCUUCUUUCUUUGCUCCAGACUAACUCUUAAUUUUAUUUACAUUUGUUAUUAUUCGUUCAAAGAUAUUUUCCCUGCUCAUACACGAUUGAUUAAUGCUGAAAUUCCUCAGGCCUAAGAGGCCUGUUCUCUUAUUGCAAUCCUCACAUUACAACGGCCGGUUUCAUCAUCGUCAUUACCAUCACCACCAAGCAUUCCACACCAUGUCCGAGCAAGAAAAGCCGAAGACAAACAACAAACCUCGAGAAAACUUCCGGCCUCUUCAACACAAAGAAAAGAAAUCUCAACUCACCCAUUUCCUUUGUCUACCGCUCGUCAACUCCAUCUCUCUCCCGCAGCUCGAAUCGUCUCUUGCGACGUUCAGAGCAGCUAUUCCCGCAUCACCGGCGCAGCAAAAACAAGGCCAAUAUGGUUCCCAACAAGCCAGCAUCGACCAAGGAAGACCGCUCAUUCCAAAUAGUGCAUUGCGACCCGUGGGAACACUCCACCUUACCCUGGGCGUCAUGAGCCUUCCUUCGAAAGAACGGUUCGAAGAAGCCCUGAAGUUCUUCCAGUCACUAGACCUAGUCGCGAUGAUGCACGAAGCGGGGGCGAAGGCAGAAAGGAUCAGAUCAAGAAAGGGGAGGACAGAACAGCUAUUGCCUCCAUCUCUUCCUGAAUCUUGUGAUGAUGGCGAGUUUGAUACUGCGCAGGAGGCUACUGGUCCUACUACUAUGGCCUCGCAGACCAUGCCUCGACCAUUCAAUAUCUCCCUCGAGUCAUUGAAUGCUCUUCCACGAGCACGUUCUGCUACAGUUCUGCAUGCUGCACCGGUGGAUCCUACGUCCCGGUUGUACCCUUUUUGCGAGAUGCUGCGAGAUAAGUUCCUCGAAGCUGGGUUCUUGCAGGGCGAAUACAAAAAGCCCUCUCAGCGUCAGGCAGAACAAACCCUUGAGAGAAAAGUAACAGAGGGAGCCUUUCGGCACAACGGGGGGGAUAAAAGUGAAGAAGGCAAGGUCGGCAAUGGGAACGACUCUACCACCGCAACAGAUAAACCAUUGUGUAUCAAUGACACUACGUCAUCAUCUCUCCUUGAGGAAUUGCCCGUCACCCUCGCAGAAGAACAAUCAGCUGUGCCCCAAUCCCAACCCCCCAAUCCCCUUAUCAAACCAAUCCACACCCCCCAGAAUCCCGAGCUCAAGUCCAGACCACUCCUUUUACACGCCACUGUCGUGAACACGAUAUACAUUAAAGGUCGGCAACACAAAGAUGAUUUCAAGGGCAAGGGUGGCCCCAAGGGCAAGAAGAAUAGCCGGUUUACACUCGAUGCCAGAGGUAUUCUUGACCAAUAUCGGAAUUACUAUCUCGAUAGUUAUAGGACGACGCCACGGUCUGCAGCGGUGACGGUUUCAGGUAAUACACCAUAUGGCAAUGAAGCCUUACCUGCAGAAGACAUAAACAACUUGCGGGGUACUAGCAACGCAGAAGAACUCGAAGAUGACCCGGAACAAAAGAAGCGGAAGAGAUCGUCUUCUAAAUCUGAUGGGUUAAGAUCAGAUGACGAAGUCAAAUAUCCAUUCGUCUGGGCCAAGGACUUCCCCUUGGAGUCCGUGUGCAUUUGCGAGAUGGGCGCAAAGAAACUCAAUCCUGAUGAGGGCGGGUUGAAUGCCCGUCUGGGAGAGGAAUACAAGGUUGUUGCGGAGAGGAGUCUUAGUUGGGAUCCUAGCGUUCAGCCAGCUACUGAGGUUAUGGUCGGCUCAGAGGUCAUGAUUGAUGGUAAUAUUAGUGAUGGGAGCUCGGAUGGUGGUGUGAGAGUCACAAAUUAACUGUCUCAAGGGAUGCAUGUAUACCAUAUUGGUAAAUUGGAUAACUAACGAGGUAUAUAGAGCUAUAUACAAACAUCUAAAUGCUAGAACGUGAGAAAUAGAAUGAAAAGAAAGUCCCAAACGCCUCGCUGA